AUGUCUGCUGAUAUCGGUCUUAUUGGUCUUGCUGUCAUGGGUGAGAACCUCGUGCUCAACAUGGAGAGCAGAGGUUUCACCUGCGCUGUCUACAACAGAACUACUUCAAAGGUCGACGAGUUUAUGAGUGGCCGUGGAAAGGGAAAGAAGUUUGUCGGCUGUCACUCUAUGGAGGAUUUGGUCAAGAACCUCAAGACUCCACGUCGUGUCAUGCUGAUGGUCAAGGCUGGUGAGGUCGUCGAUCACUUUAUCAACCUCUUGGUGCCACUCCUCAGCAAGGGUGACAUCAUCAUCGAUGGUGGUAACUCACUCUACACUGACACUGACCGUCGUGUCAAGGAGCUCACCGCCAAGGACCUCUACUUCAUUGGCACUGGUGUCUCUGGUGGUGAGGAGGGUGCCCUCACUGGUCCAUCCAUCAUGCCAGGUGGUAACCCAAAGGCAUGGGAGGCUGUCAAGCCAAUCCUUCAAAGCAUUGCCGCCAAGGUUGAUGGUGGUCAACCAUGCUGUGAUUGGGUCGGAGAUGGAGGUGCUGGUCACUACGUCAAGAUGGUCCACAACGGAAUCGAGUAUGGUGACAUGCAGCUCAUCAGUGAGGCCUACUUCAUCCUCAAGCACUACAUUGGCAUGUCCAACCAGGAGAUCCAGUCCACCUUUAUCGAGUGGAACAAGGGCGAUCUCGACUCAUACCUGAUUGAGAUCUCCUCUGACAUCUUUGGCAAGAAGGACGACGCUGGUGCCUACGUCGUCGACACCAUUCUGGACAGUGCCGGCCAGAAGGGAACCGGAAAGUGGACUGCCAUCAACGCACUUGACCUUGGUAUCCCAGUCACUCUCAUUGGUGAGGCCGUGUUUGCCCGUUGUCUGUCCUCUUUGAAGGAUCAGCGUGUUGCUGCCUCAAAGAUCCUCCCAGGCCCAGUUGCCGCCGAUGCCCACAAGACAUUCAAGGGAGACAAGGCCCAGUUUGUCGAGUACGUCAGACAGGCCCUCUUUGCCUCCAAGCUCGUCUCGUACGCUCAGGGUUUCACCAUGAUGCACGCUGCCGCCAAGGAGUACAACUGGAAGUUGCAGUACGGUAACAUUGCUCUGUUGUGGCGUGGAGGUUGCAUCAUCCGUUCCACAUUCUUGGGUCGCAUCAAGGAUGCCUUUGAGCGCAACCCAACCCUGGACAACCUGCUCACUGACCAGUGGUUCACCGAGAAGAUCGGAGCCGCCGAGCAGGGCUGGCGUCAAGUGACUGCUGCCUCCAUCCUCACUGGUAUCCCAUCGCCAGCCUUCACAACUGCCCUCUCCUACUAUGAUGGCUACCGUUGUGCCACCCUCCCAGCCAACCUCAUCCAGGCCCAGAGAGACUACUUUGGUGCUCACACCUACGAGAAGGUCAACGGCAAGCGUGGAGAGUUCUUCCACACCAACUGGACUGGUCGUGGAGGUAACACUCACAGCUCAUCCUACAAUGCUUAA